CAGCCCGGCCUGCGGACGGGAUGGGUCUGUGUGAGUCCACGCUGCCCCAGACGGGCAGAGCUCUGAGGCCCCAGGAGAAGGAUGUCCUGAAGUCCCUCCUGAUCAUCUUCGUGGUGGGCGGCCCCGGCUGCGGGAAAGGGACCCAGUGCAGAAACAUGGCCACCAAGUACGGCUUCUGCCAUGUGGGGUUGGGCCAGCUGCUGCGGGAGGAGGCUCAGAGGAGCACCAAACGGGGCCGGAAGAUCCGGGACAUCAUGCAGCAGGGACUUCUGGUGCCCACGGGUCUCAUUCUGGACAUGGUCAGUGACAGCCUGUUGUCUUGUCCAGAGAGCAGCGGUUUUGUCAUCGAUGGCUUCCCUAGAGAGCUGGAACAAGCCAAAGAGUUUGAGCGAAUUGUGGGCAGGGCCCCCAACGUAGUCAUGGUGUUUGACUGCUCCAUGGAGACCAUGGUGCGCAGAGUGUUGCAACGUGGACAGGUGGAGCACCGGGCAGACGAUUCAGAAUCGACCAUCCACAAGCGUCUAGAAACAUACUAUACCCUUUGUGAGCCCGUCCUGGCCUUCUACCAGCAAAAGAACCUUCUGCGAAAUGUGGGUACCUGGAAGAAGGCCGCACUUAGCCAGUUUGAAAUGAGGGGAUUCUAUUUCAUGUAGCCCAGGCUGGCCCAGAACUCAUGUCUCCCCAGCACUGGACAGAUGUGAGCCACUGG